AUGAAGUUUCCCUUGAAUUCCAAGCUUACAGGCCUUCUGGCUACCUUCGCUAUGCUUCCUGCCGCGCUGGCCGCUGAUGACAGCUUCAGCUUGCUUUGUUACACCACGACUGGGUUGUUUGGGGCCGCCGAGCUCUAUUACAAGAAUGGGUUCAUUAUGAUUUCGAAUGCUACGUCUCCGUCCAACAUGACCUCUAUUUACUUUACUCGGGACCAGGGCUCCCCGUCUGCACCUUGGCGGGUCUCGUCCAACACGACCAAGUCGCCGAACCCUCACUUCAGCUCCGGCGCACUUGCGCUGCCGGUGUAUGACAGCCCCGGUUCGGCGAACGCGGGGGUUGCCGUCACGAACAGCUCGACUGGGUCUGCGGCGGAUCUGCUGUUGUAUGGGGAAACGGUCUUUGCUCGGGUCAAUGGCAGCUACCAGAACCCAUUCUAUGCCGCUACCACGAAUGACGUGGACGUCUGGCAGCUGCUGUGGAACCCGGUCGAUCCAGGUAACAAGGAUCUCACGCCCGUAGUGCUGCGUACGAGCAAUGUGCUGUGA